GACAUCAUCGAAAUAUAUAUACAGUAAUCUAUGAUUUCCAUUUUCCAUUUCCAUUUUCCAUCAAAGGUCAAUAAAAUCACAUCAAUUUUUAUGUUGUUGAAUUAAUUUAUAUUAAUUUAAUUAUUGUGUUUGUUAGUUAGUGCUCUGCAUAGAUUACAUAAGUAUAACUAGUGUUCUGUGAUCCUUUUAAAAGAAUUUGUGUAACACAAAUAAUAUAUUUUAUAGGAUUUAUGAGAUAUAAUAUGGAAACUAAUAAUACGUCUUUUAAUAAUAUGCAAUUUUCUUUGGAUUCCGAAGUGGUUGAAUCCGAAAAUUCAACUUUUGCUGAAAAUUCAACUCAAAAUGUUGAAGUGAAAUUGUCUCCUGUACAAAUUCAGCAAGAAUACUUUGAAUAUUUACAGGACUGUGAUUGGAUUAAAUAUGAAAAAAGCAAUAGGAGUCACUUAUUACAAAACAUAGCUUUUGCAUUAUUUGGAGGUCCUAGUGUAGAAGGAGAUUUGUCACGUAGUGGGAGUUAUCAAGAAGUUCAUCUAGAAGGCUACACCUCAAGACAAAGGGAACAAGUUAUUAAAAUAUAUAAUAAGCUAUGUGAACAAAGUAAAUAUUCCCAAAACAAUGAAGACAUUGUCAUGUCAAUUUUAUUAGUUGUCUGUGCAAAACCAAACCCUUUAAAAUACUAUCAAAUUCAACCAAGAAACUAUUGGUUAGAUCUACAUCAGAGAAAUGAUAUUAUUAUUUGGUGUACAGCAGUGUUUCGGGUUAGAAAAUGUAUACCUACUACUGUUGAUGCCAAGUCAUGUAAAAUAUACAUUGAUGAUAAUGCAAGAGUAUAUCAAAAUUGGGAUUCAUAUUUGGCUAAUAAUACACUACCAAAGUGUGUUAUGAUAGUUCCAGAGAAUGGAGAAUACAAAGGUACCCUUAUUGAGAGUGAAAAAGCAUUUGCUGUUAAAUUAACUGUAGCUCCAUCGCCUUCUUUGGGUCUUAAGGCCAGAGUACUAAGUUCCGUUGAUACGGCAAGCACAGUUGCUUCUUUAGGAGCUGUGGGAGUACUUGGUGUUGCCGCAUUUACACCUGUUGGGCCAGCCAUUCUCGUUGGUGCUACUGUUGCAACUGUCGCAACAGGAGUAUAUGGUCUUGUUCGUUCAUCUAUACAUCUUCACGAUAGAAGGAUUCACAUGCAGAGUAUUAGCCCAACGGACGCAGAAGCGCGCGGAAGUUGGCUAAAUAUCGCGGCUUCAACUGUUGGACUUGCGGCUGGUGCUGCGAGCACUUUGCUAUCACGAACUGCUGCCACCGGCAGUAAUUUAACCAAGACUGGGCAAGCCUUGACGCUCUCCGUAGAAGUUCUUCGUCAUGCAAACAUAUUUACCAGCGGUGCUGGAUUUAUUAACAGUCUUGUGCAUAUUAUUGUGAAGUAUCGCAAACAUGGAGAGACUCCAACGAAACUCGAACUGUUCCAAUUCUCGGCUGCCACCUUGUUCUUUUUCAACGCGGCAAUAUCCAACCGAACUGCACAGAAUAUUAUUGAGGAUGCUCAAGCCAACACUAUUAAUGAAUAUAGAGCUUCGCUUAGAAGUAACAAUCACAGGAAAAUAUUUGAUAAAAUCAGUGCAGAAUCCAGAAGAGUAAAAGGAACUAUCCACGGCAAUACCGAAGUCAUACAGGGAAUCAAAAACAUUGUUAAUAAAGAUCAAUACUUUGCUGACAUCCUACGCAUAAAUAAAGAUAUCAACCAACAUAAACUGAGGAUAUCAAUGACUGCAGAUGGCCGAGUUAACUUGAAUGCACAACACAACUUCAACCCGUCUGAUUUAAGCAACAUAGGAAAAGUAGAAAGAUCAGAAUUGUUUAGUUCUUUAGGUCCCGCUUCCGUUACAACUAAAAAUGUACCUACACGAAUCUUGCCCACCACAUCUGUUGCACAAUAUGUUGAUUCAAAGAAAGAAAACAGCGUACUCAUGUCACUUCCUCCUGGAGAAAUAAUACAAAUUGGUGUGUAUUUCAUACGGGUCAGUGCGUCUGGUGCAGAAAAUAUUGCAAAAAUGUUGGAAAAUGUCAGUCAACAAAUUUACGAAAGUCUAAUGACCGUUUGCUUUAAUAUAAUCGCAAAAUUAUUGCCCGAAGAUAUAGCCAAGCUGAAGCUUUUAAAUCCAGAAGAAGAUCUAAUAUCUCAAAUAGUAAAAUUUGUUUUCAACUAUAUGAAACAUAAAAGACCACUUGGCAAUCCGUGCAGGGAUACUGACGAUGGUAUUGUAAUAGUUUUGAAAGAAUUUUUCCAAGAUGGCAUCAUUCGUCAAGAUACAAUUUUGCAUCUGAAAGACCGUUUAAUGUUUUGGAUUAAUGAAGAAAUCAAUCGGAGGAGUGCGUUGUAUCCACAAAAGAAACAAAUUAUUUGUGACCUCUGUCAAGGCAUUCGCUUUGCUUAACCCAUAUGCAUAUUAAACAUGUUUUAUAUUUGCGUUCACUGCUGGUUAACAAAGCAUCAAUUGCACAUACUGCGCACAAAACAUCAAUCCGUAUAAUAGAGUGCUAAAGUUAACAAAUACCGAGUGGUGGCGGUGUAUAUCUACUACGUAAGAGGCGACUGAGGGAAACCAAUCAGGAGAUGGGCAGCAGUGUCUUCGAAUAAUGACUAAAAAUAGAAAAAGUGCGGUUCCGAACGAAGUGUGGUAACUAUGGCAAAUAUUCCCCUUAUGAGGCAAUUUAUGGGGGAGGCCUAUGUUUAGCAGUGGAUUUUAAUAGGCUGUAACCAUUAUGGUAAGUUAACAAAUUUGAAACAUUCGCUAAGGACUGGUUUUAUUUUUGUCAUUUUUAUCUUAUAAUUAAUAAUUUAAAAUUAAAAAUUUUGUGCAGCCGACUUCAAUAUAAGUUAUUUAAGAAUAACUCAAAAACUAUUGGUCUGACCUUGAUCAAAUUCAUAUGGGACCACACGAGAACUAUCAACUUUCAUAUAGAAAAAGAAUCAUCGAAAUCGGUUGACCCAGUACAAAGUUAUGAGGUAACACACAUAAAGUGUUACCAUCUCCUUUUUGGAAGUCGGCAGAAAAGAGUACUUACCUUAUUUAUGUGCCUUUCAUAACUUUACAUUUUCUCACUACCCAAUUUCUUAUUUUUAGUUUUAAUAUUUUAAAAGUAUUCUGCUAUAAAGUUCUAUUUUAAUACAUUCUUAUUAUUAUGUGUCAAUGAAUGUGUGUAUUAUGUAUGUGUGUAUAAAUGUUAGUAAUUCAAUUUAUAAAUCAGUUUUCAUCCAAAUUUCAAUGCAAUAAUUUCAUGGCCAUGACCUUAAUAGUAUUCUUACUAGAAUCAUCGCAGCCCAUAAUCAAUGCAUGUUUGUUUUGUUUAACAUAAAUAUUAUUAGUUUUAAGAAUCCUGAUUUUAGAAAACUAUCUUUUUCUAAAUUUCUUACUUAUGCAAUGUUUGUGUAAUUUUUUCCUGAUGAGGAAAUAUUUGUAAUCUCAUCAAAAAAUGCGUAUUUCUUCUGAAUAGGUAAAAGCAAAUUUGAAAUUUAUCUUUUUAUUAUUAGAGGCUUUUUUAUUAAACUAGGUGUUACUGGGCAUUCCUAUUUUUCUAUCCAAAGAGUUUAAUAUAACUAAUAUACAUAUCAUGAAAUUGGUGAGUUAUAUUCAAAAUUUAAAAAUAUGAUAUUAUAUACCAGUUUAUAUUAUUUUUUUUAAAUAUAUAAUCAUUAAUAACGAAUAAGUAUAAUGUGAUAUUAUGGUAAUAUAUUAUGUUAUUGGUAGACUUUAAAAAAUGUGCCUUUAAGAUGCUUUCUUACAUAGAACCGCGCUUGACAUUUUGGGUAAAGGUUCAGAGGUAUUAUAUAUUAUAAUGAUGAAUAAAAAAAUUUUGCUCCGC